AUGCGGCAUGACCAUUAAGAAUAUAUAUCCGAUUCCACGAACCGAUGACCUGCUUGACCAGCUUCGGAGAGCCACGGUAUUUUCCAAACUGGAUUUGCGGUCCGGAUACUGGCAGAUAAGAAUGGCGAACAACUCCAUCAACAAAACCGCCUUCUGUACUCGUUACGGGUCAUACGAGUAUCUGGUCAUGCCGUUCAGACUCACCAACGCACCGGCAACCUUCAAAGCCGAUAUGAACCACAUUCUACGCCCACUCUUGGACGAAUGCGUCGUGGUUUAUCUAGACAACAUUCUCAUAUACUCACGUGAUAUGAAGCAGCACGUCGAACGCUUGCGACUCGUCUUCGACGAGAACGCUUCUACGUCAAGUUAUCCAAGAGUGAAUUCACCCUCAAGAUUGUCCAAUUCCUAGGACACAUG